UCCGCCUGCAAUCACAGCGGCGGACACACCUCGCAGGAGGGAUCCCCCAGCUCACAGGCAGUUUGGGUUGUGAAGAGGAGAGUUCAAAGUUUUAAACCCGCCCUUAAGAGUGCAGCCAAGGAGUGAGAUGUUUCCUCCACGUCACUGUGUGGGAAGGCGCAGAGAGCGGAGCUGAGUCCCUGCCCGCUCCGCUCCGGACUGCAACUCACCCGCACCCUCGCCGGAGUAAAAUGCAAUGCGUCUGCAAACCCCGGCGCACGGAACAGGAGAACCAGCAGCUGCGGGAGGCGUCGGAGAGGCAGGCUCGCUCCAACCUCGCCCGGCUCGGCUUCAUCGAGGAUGAAGAUAUCAAAGCCAUGCUCAAGGGUAGCCACAUGCAGAAGAUCAAAUCCAGCACCUGGAUGAAAUCCCGCUUUUACAAGCUCCAGGAAGACUGUCAGACGGUGUGGUAUGACUCUCAAAAGAUCCUGAAAUCGGCCAGGACCCAAAUCUUCUCGAUCAACGACGUCCAGGAGUUGCGGCCGGGCCACCAGUCGGAGGGCAUGCAGCGGUACGCCAUGGAAAUCCCUACCGAUCGCUGCUUCACCAUCGUCUUCAAGGGCAGGAAGAAGAACCUGGACCUCGUGGCCAGUGACGCUAAGGAGGCCAGGCACUGGAUCGAUGGUCUCAACAAACUCAAGAAGAGAGACUCCAGCAUGAACAAGAGAGAGCGGCUGGACCAAUGGUUCCAACUUUAUCUGCAAAAGGCCGAUUUUGACAAGGACAACAAGAUGACUCUGGAAGAAGUGAAGCAUUUCAUGCACAUGAUGAACAUUGAGGUGGACGAUAUGCAUGCAAAGGACCUGUUCAAGAAAUGCGACAAGUCGAAAGACGGAACCAUCCACGGCAAGGAGAUCGAGGAGUUUUACAAGCUGUUGACGGAGCGUGAGGAGAUUACCACCAUCUUCGGGGCCCUACAGCGACAAGGAGCAGCUGAUGAACAUAGAGAAGCUAACAGAGUUCUGAGGAAGGAGCAAAGGGAGAACGUGAAGGAGUACGCAGCAAAGAUCAUAAAGACUUACGAAGUGGAUGAGGAAGCGAAGAAUGAUUUCUUCAUGACCAAGGACGGGUUUCUGUUCUUCCUGAUGUCGCCGGAAGCGGACAUUUUCAACCCAGAACACAACAAGGUUUACCAAGACAUGACCAAGCCACUCAAUCAAUAUUACAUUUCUUCCUCACAUAACACCUACCUGACCAAGGACCAACUGGAAGGCCCCAGCAGCACUGAAGCCUACAUCAGAGCACUCAAUAAAGGCUGCCGCUGUGUGGAGCUGGACUGCUGGGAUGGACAGAACGGAGAGCCAGUCAUUUAUCAUGGCUACACCUUGACCUCAAAAAUCCUCUUCAAGGAUGUCAUACAAGUCAUAAAUACUUAUGCCUUUAAGGCUUCUCCCUACCCUGUUAUCCUGUCUCUGGAGAAUCACUGCAGCAUAGAACAGCAGAACGUCAUGGCCCAACACAUGAAGACCAUCCUCGGGGACAAGCUGCUGACCAGGACCAUCGACGGAAAAGUGCCCACCCAAUUCCCCUCACCUGAGCAACUGAAGGGGAAGAUCCUGGUGAAGGGCAAGAGGCUGAACCGGCUGGAGGACGAUCAGAGUGCAGAGAACGACGAGGUCUCGGAUGAGGACGAGGCUGCCGAGGUGCAGGAGGAUGAAGAGAAGCAGAAGGCCAAAGGAAAGGUCAAGCUGUCCAAGGAGCUGUCUGACCUGGUCAUCUACUGCAAGAGUGUCCACUUCAAUGGGUUUGAAGAUGCCAUGAACAACCAAGUCUUCUAUGAAAUGUCAUCCUUUGUGGAAAAUAAGUUCAAUAAACUGGUGCAGGAUUCAGGCACCCCCUUCAUUCAGCUCAAUGCCCGACAACUGAGCAGGAUUUACCCAGCGGGCCUGAGGACGGACUCCUCCAACUACUCCCCCGUCAACAUGUGGAACGCCGGCUGCCAGAUAGUGGCCCUCAACUUCCAAACCCCGGGGGAGGAGAUGGACAUCUACCAGGGAAAAUUCCGCAACAAUGGCUUCGCCGGUUAUAAUCUGAAGCCCAAGUACAUGAGAGAGAAGAAGCCAACUUUUGACCCGAAGAACGUUCAGAAGGGAGCCUGGCUGGACCAGAAGAAGCUGCACGUGAUGGUCAUCUCUGCCCAGCAGCUCCCGAAGUCAAAUAUGGCGAAGCCCAGCUCGGUUGUGGACCCCCUGGUGACCGUGGAGGUUUUUGGAGUAAAAGAUGACAGCUCGAAGAAGGAAACAGCACACAUUUCCAACAACGGUUUCAAUCCCAUGUGGAACACGACCUUCCAGUUCGACGUGUCCGUCCCUGAGCUAGCCUUCGUCCGAUUCCUGGUCGAGGACUAUGACGCUUCCUCCAGGAAUGACUUCAUCGGACAGUUCACGCUGCCGUUCACCAGCCUACAGCUCGGAUACCGCCACAUCCAUCUGCUGUCUGUCAACGGUGACCCCCUGCCCUCUGCCUCGCUCUUCGUCCACAUCAUGAUCGAGUGAACCCUCGCCGCCACCGUCUCCUCCGCCGAGGAGAAGAUGGCUGACUCCUCGGGAGACGGUGCCCAGCCGGAGCAGCGAGCCCCUCGACCGGAGAGAGGGGGACAGAGGGGGAGUGGGAGAUGGGGGUUGGGGUAGAUUGAA